AUGUGCGCUAUGAGAGACUUCAGAGCUCUAUCAGUUGUAUGCUCUAACGAUUCGGCGAAUGCAUCUCCAGACUUUGUGGAAGUUUCACCCUUCUCCCCUGAAACUCUAACCGACGACUUUGAUAUCGAAGGGGAAAAAGAUUCGCCCGAACUUGCUCGCUCAUCACGAGAGUAUCCUCCUUAUGCGGCUUCUCCUCCUGUAAGAGGGGGUGUGUCCAUAGGAGGAGGAUUUCAACAGUUCGGCCAGAAUGUAUUUACUAGGCUAGCUGCUGCUUCUUCCUCAUCUUCUUUACUGCCUGAUCAAGUGGCUGAUGUGCUUGGCGAACUAGAUGUGUCUCUUCCUGCAACCCCACGCCGCACACACGACGACGAUGAUGAUGAUAGCAUGCCUACACCAACUAGAAAACCGAGACUAGAAGACACCCAACAGCAACAACAGUUAAAUAAUAAUACCAGUAUAAACAAGGGAAAUGAUCCAGAUAGCGAUGCUUCAACACCACGUAAUAGUGUCUUGUCUCCGGCACGACCUAUUGCUCUUGUAAACACACGUCCUCCACCAAUACCACCACAAGGAGAUUUCGUUGACGGUGGUAAUAGACUGUAUAUAGAUGAUGGUGAAAGUAUAAAAAGUGGAUUUCAACGCAAGAAUGGUCAUGAUGGACCCAAUUCUGAACGCUGGAUUGCACGGAAGAAGCACUUUUUCGUGUUGAGUAGUGCUGGUAAACCGAUAUAUACCAGAUAUGGCGACGAGUCGAAAUUAUCGUCAUAUAUGGGUGUUAUCCAGGCUAUUGUGUCUUUCAUUGCCAGUGAGGAUGAUACGCUGAAAUGCAUCAACGCUGGAGCUCAUAAAUUCGUUUUUGCGUCUCGUGGACCACUGUACCUCGUGGCCGUCUCAUCAACUGGAGAAUCUGAAAAUCAGCUACGAGAACAGAUACAAUACUUGUACAAUCAAAUCUUAUUCAUUCUCACCUCCGCUCAACUGACGAGAAUAUUUGAGCAACGAGUGAACUAUGAUUUACGGAAUCUCUUGGCUGGUACGGAGAACCUACUAGACGAAUUAUCCAACUCGUUUCAAAAGACAGCGAGUCAUUACUUGUCUGCCAUCAAUCCAUUGCGAAUGUCACAUAGACUGAGAACUCGCAUUGGUGCCAUUAUGACUGAUUCUAUACCCAAAACACUGGCAUUCGCAAUGAUCAUAGCUAAGGAACGACUUGUUACGUUGAUUCGGCCCAAGACGCAUAGUUUGCAUCCAUCAGAUUUACUAUUGCUCAUAAACCUCCUGGCUGCUUCCCCUGGCAUGAAAACAUCUGAAUCAUGGACACCAAUUUGUCUACCUCGUUUCAAUCCACGAAAUCAUUUGCAUGUGUAUGUAUGCUAUGUAGCUAGAGAUGUUGCUAUGAUUCUGGUUGGACCUGAACGUGAUGCAUUCUUUGAAUUCUCGGAAUACAAGACUAGGGUCGUUAAGGCGAUGACAGAACAAGGAUGCUUUGAAGGUUUAGAAGAUGCUAUCAAGAUGGAUCCUUAUAGCAUUAAUGAAGUUGGAGUACCCAUUCUGCGGCAUUUCAUAUUCAAAUCUCGUGCUCUUGUACAGUAUACACAGCCUGGUCCAUCGCCACCGUAUACAAAUAAGCAGGACUGGAAGCGGUUGCUGCUUCUCUACCAACACGCUCAUUCGAAACUAUACAAACGGCCACAUGGAGCCAAAGUUGUUUUUAAUGUUGGAUCCGCUGAAGCUGUAUUGGCUGUGGCGACAACAACUCACGAGCUGUAUGCAUCAUUCAGCCCGCUGAUACCUAAGACUGCUGCAGUAGCUGCAGCUAAUGGACUUCAAAAAUGGGUACAAAGAUGGGAACAAGGACUUUUUCUGACAAAAGCACCAUCUUUUUAA